AUGGGACACCACCUGACGCGACGCAGUUGCCUCUUGGCCAUAGUUCUUUGCUUGAUAUUCAACACGAAGCAUCUGGCGGUGCAUGGCGAUGCCUCACACAUCGAAUCCGCCGCUUUGCCACUGGAACACAGAGCCGGCUAUGGCCCGCCGGCGCCCAUUUAUGGCGCACCACAGGGGCCACUGAGCACUGGAGCCACCAAUGACCUGUCCGAGGAGGCCUGGCCGCUGGCCAGCACCAACGACAGUCCCCAGAUCAAGCACCUGCAGGUGCAGUGCGAGAAGACCCACAUGCGGGUGAACAUCGAGUUCGACCGUCCCUUCUACGGCAUGAUCUUCUCCAAGGGCUUCUACAGCGAUCCGCAUUGCGUGCACCUCAAGCCAGGCACUGGCCAUCUGAGCGCCACCUUCGAGAUCUUCCUCAACAGCUGCGGCAUGACCAGCUCGGCCAACCAUAAUGCGGCUGGCUAUGGUGCACCAACUCCCUCAGGCAGCUACGUAGAGAACACGAUCAUCAUCCAGUACGAUCCAUAUGUGCAGGAGGUGUGGGAUCAGGCCCGCAAGCUGCGCUGCACCUGGUACGACUUUUACGAGAAGGCCGUGACCUUCAGGCCCUUCCAGGUGGACAUGCUGCACGCGGUGACGGCUAAUUUCUUGGGCGACAAUCUCCAGUGCUGGAUGCAGAUCCAGGUGGGCAAGGGACCAUGGGCCUCUGAGGUCUCUGGAAUCGUAAAGAUCGGUCAGACAAUGACCAUGGUGCUGGCCAUCAAGGACGAUGAGAACAAGUUCGACAUGCUCGUCCGCAACUGCGUGGCCCACGACGGCAAGAGAGCCCCCAUCCAGCUGGUGGACCAGAACGGCUGCGUUGUCCGGCCAAAGAUCAUGAGCAAGUUCCAGAAGAUCAAGAACUUCGGCCCCUCCGCCUCUGUCGUCAGCUUCGCCUACUUCCAGGCCUUCAAGUUCCCUGACUCGAUGAACGUCCACUUCCAGUGCGUUAUCCAGGUGUGCCGCUACAACUGCCCCGAGCCCAAGUGCGGUCCCGGCCUUCCCGGCGGCGAGUACGGUCUGCCCCAGUUGGGCGGCAACGGUCUGUCGGAGGAGUAUGGUCCUCCAGAGGCAUACGAACGCAACGACUUUGCCCUGGGCGGUCUGCCCCCAGCAGCAUAUCCCGAUCCUCGCCAUCCCGCCUCCGAUGCCACCGGCGCGUACUCCGAGAACCAGCCCGAUGUGGUGCCCUCGCCCCAGGCCCAGACCUCCUCCGCUGUUCCCACAGCUGACUCUGCGGCAGGACCAGGAUCUGGCCCAGCCAGCUCCCAGUCGCCCCAGCAGGCACAGGCCAACAGCAACGAGCUGGGACUACCUCCUCCGCCACUGCCCGGCCAGCCUGGACAGUACAGCACCGUGAAGCGCAAGGAUGACCUCAGUGCCGGUGGCAAUCUCGUGUCUCUGGGCGGACGCCCGCGAUCAGUUGAGGGUCUCGAUGACUUAAGGGGCGUGCGCCGACGUCGCGACACCAUGGACAUUGUGGUCAAGCCGCAGCGCAUCUACAAACGCAAUGCCCAGGAGAUGACGGACGUGAACACGAGCCGCAUCAUUCAGGUGGUGGCUCCGGGCGACGUCAACUUUGCCCUCAACAGCAAUGCCAGCAACGAGACGGUGGUGAUCCAGUCAGCCCGUUCCGCCGAUGCCGAGACCAUCUGCAUGUCGGUGCCUAGCUUCGUGGGUGGUCUGGUGAUGCUGCUCCUCGUACUGGCCGUGGCCUCUCUAGUCGCCGCCUUCCUCUUUGUGCGCGUCCGCCACUUUGAUCGCAAGGGCGCGGGCAUGGCCUACGUCAACUAA